AACACGCAUGCAUUAGUUUAACACUGAUUCCAUAACAGCAACUGCUCCGCUACCCAAGAACCACUUUCACAGAAUGACUCACACACGCUACCCCAUCACUCUGUUUCUUAUGCUGUCUUCUCUGCAUUGGCUAGGAAGUUCUCUAGCCUCAAACCCUCUUGGCCUUUCAAUUUCAGUAGCUUCCAAAGAUGAAGUUCUUGCUAUCAACAGUAAAGAUGCUCCCAUUACUAAUCUGUCCAAGAGACCCGUCCUUCAGCCCAAAGAAACUUUACCACUUCAGUCCACGUACACCAUCAAGAACCAAGGAAAAGUGUGUGCGCGGAGCACUUUGGGAGUGGAGUUUGAGGUGACAGAGAACAAAAAGAAAUAUUAUUUCAACAUGAAUCCCAGCUCAACACGAACCACAGGAUUCUGUGGGAAACAGAAGACUGUAUUCUCAUUGGAAUUUGAUGGUGGAAAUCUGCAGUUCACUUUCAUCAAGGAAGGUGAUCUCUCCUAUGUGAGGACUAUCAGAGGUUUUCUGCAACCUGCUCCCACUUGUAAAAAUUGCCAGAACAAAACCUAUGUUGGAGUUAUGGAUCAUGAAAAGCUCUUCAAAGCAAAAAAUGGCCUAAGCUUCCAAUGCAACUCUGAGACGAAACUGAUAUUGGCAGAUUACUUCAGAGUUAAACUGGUCCCACUGCAGAUUCAAGCCUUUGGCCUGGUUAGUGGAGAGUUUGGAAAAGAGGUUGAGUGCUGGGAGGAUUACAACAAACGGAUGAUCCCGAUUAUUCUGGGCGCCGUGGCUGUAGCCAUUUGCCUUGUAGCAAUUUUGACGUAUGUGCUUGUCCGAGAGCGCCGUGGCCGAGGCUAUGAACAACUCUGAGACUCCAGAUAUGUACUGUGGAGAUGAAUCAAGAGAUUUCAUUGCUUUACAUUGUGUGGAUAUUACUUUACAAUUUUAAAUGAUUUCAGUAAACUAAAUAAAAUACAAGUAAUAUGAAA